AUCUUUAACCAGGCAGGGCCAGAUCUGGCCAGAUCCCCCCCGCACCCGGCUGGACACGCAGGCACCCGACCCGCCGGGCACCCAGAAUGCCCACCAUGAUGCUCUGUCUGCCCCUGGUGUGGCUGGUGGCCGCAGCCACAGCCACUGUCACCCCGGUGCCCACGGCAGAGGCCUCUUCCAGGUUGCUGCAGCUGCACAGACAGCACCUGAUGCUGCUGGUGUCCCCCCAUCCUGCCCCAGGCUCGCUGGGGGAUGUGGGGUCACCCGUCCUGCCUGCGCCCACCACCCAUGCCCACCCCGAGGAGCUGCCCAGCUUGGAUGCCCCCCUCAAGGCUGCAGAGCCCCCCAGCCCCAACGCGCCUGAGGGAGCACCCGAGGAGCCGGGCACCUUGACCCACAGGAGCACAGCAGCAUCCACACCCAGCACCACCCAGGGCCCCCCUAGCACCCCGGGCACCAGCGCCCCACCGUGCCCCGGGGAUGAGGAGCCAGCUGAGGUCUGCGGGGUGCCCACGGGGGAGCAGCAGGCAGCCGUGGCCGAGGCGCUGGGCACCUUCGCCCUCCGCUUCUACCAGCACAUGGCGGAGGCUGCCCAGCCCGAUGCCAACCUGCUCUUCUCCCCCAUCAACAUCGCCAUGGGGCUCUCGCACCUCCUGCUGGGCACCCGCGGUGAGACCCGUGAGCGCCUGGGCGCCAUCCUGGCAUACCCACCGGAGCUGACCUGCGUGCACGGCGCCCUGCAGCAGCUCGCCGACGCACCCGGCCUCUUCUCCGCCGUGCAGAUCUUCCAUGACCCAGAGCUGCACCUCCAGCCACGCUUCCUCAAUGAGUCGUGGCACUUCUACCGCGUCCGCCCACGGACACUGAGUGGCAACGAGAGCCUGGACCUGCUGCACAUCAACGAGUGGGUGCGCAAGGCCAGCCGGGGGCUGCUGCCCAGCCUCCUGCCCACACUACCCCCCCAGCCCCGCCUGCUGCUGCUCAGCGCCGUCCACCUCCAAGCUGCCUGGCGCACGCCGCUGGAGGUCAAACAGACGGUGCCGCUGCCCUUCCUGCGCCCCGGGCGCCCCCCCCGCCUGGUGCCCACCAUGACCAGCAAGAAGUACCCGGUGGCCUCCUUCAUCGACCCCCACCUGCAGGUCCAGGUGGGGCGGCUGGAGCUGAGCGAGGGCCUGAGCCUGGUGGUGCUGGUGCCACAGGGGCCCCCGGGGGCACUGGGGACCCUGGAGCGGGCGCUGGACCCCCCCACCUUCCUGGGGCUGCUGCAGCGGGCAGCCCGCACCCCGCUUCAGGCCACCGCCCUAGCCCUGCCCCGCCUGCGCCUCGACCUCGCCCUGGACGUGGUGGCCAUGGUCCACGACAUGGACUACGGGCUGUUCCUGGACGCGGAGCUGUGCGGGCUGGCACGGGGCCCAGUGGUGGCGGUGGAUGCAGCGAGGCACCGAGCGGUGCUGGUGCUGGACGAGGCCGGCGUGGAGGCGGCGGGCGCCAUGGCCACCUCAGUGGCGCGCACGGUCCUGCUGCUGGAUGCCCUGCGCCCCUUCCUCUUCGUCCUCUGGCAUGAUGCCGGCGCCGUCCCUCUCUUCAUGGGCCGCCUCAGCGACCCCCAGCCCUGA